AGGUUGUGAUGCGUUACUUCGGUGCGACCAACCAAUACGUUGGCGUCGCUCACAUACACUGGCCUAAUGGCAACAAACCAAGAGAUAUACCCGAGUGUGGCUUCGAUGGCGGUCUGUGUCCGGAGCUACCGUUUUGGGAUAUACUGGCGGCUCCAUUGCUGACAAUAUUAGUGUUUUUGUUGGCAAUUGCUAUACUAAUAUGUGGUGUGGCUUCGAUGGCGAUCUGUGUCCGGGUCCGCACUCUAUUCACAAUACAGGGCCAAAAUAUGGCAGUGCUACUUUGAUUUUAAUUUAUUUUAACACCGUCUUGUUUAUUUUAUCCAUAUAUUCACUAAAUUAUAACUGAAUAGUUAGGGUUUUGUUUGUUAUAUGAUUUGACCAUGUGGG